GCUGACAGGUGUGAUUCAGAUUCACUCCCCCCAGAGUUUAGUAUUCAUAUGCCUUUUUGAAAUAAUUCCCUAUCUCAGGAAUGGAAAGGUAGAGCAACAAAAUAAAAACAGCAUUGGAAUCAGGGCACCAAAGGCUACAAAAUUUUAUACAUAAGUUUAACUGGCCUGGAAAAGCCCACCAGUCAGGGCAUGCUGGAUUGUUUAGUUAGUGACUGGACGGUCUAGGGUAUUGUUUUGUUCCUGUGUUAUGUUUUUAUUUAUCCUGCAACCUGUCUAAUAAAGUUGUUGUUUGCCAGUUUAUUGAAGUGGAAACAUGUCCUGUGGCGGUGUCAAGGAUGAUCCCAGAGCUAUCCCAGGGGAGAAAUCCUUACAAAUGGUGGAGGAUGCGGGCAGCAUGUUGCUAAGAGCAACCAACGGUCGAGUUGCAGUAAAGUUGUUGCUAGGAGCAACCCACCCUGCAUGUUGCAAGUCAGACAAGCCCAGCUGUGGAGUACAAGAGCAGGACUGAGCCUGUGGUGAAAGCUUUGCUAGGGGCAACGGAUCACGUCAAGCAAGUGAGCAAGAAGAAAGCUAAGGAGCUUUCCCCAGAAUGUCUUUCGCUGGAACCUAUGAGCUGCAGUCCCAUGAAAAUUUUGAGGCUUUCAUGAAAGAGAUUGUUCCAGGUAUUACGGAUGAUUUAAUUCAGAUUGGAAAAGAUAUGAAGAGUGUAACUCAGAUCGAGCAGAAUGGAAAUCACUUUGUGGUGACGGUGACUACGGGCCCCAAGGUCCUGCGUAAUGAAUUCAACAUCGGGGAAGAGACAGAAUUUAAUACACUUACUGGAGAGAAAAUCAUGAGCACGGUUAAUAUUGUGGACGGCAAGCUGGUUGGGAAACUGAAGUCCGUCACUUCCGUCACAGAACUUUCAGGGGAUCUCCUCAUCAAUAUCAUGACUGUGAAAGACAUUGUCUACAAGGCAGUAAGCAAGAAGGUCGCAUAGAUGAGAAUGCUGUUAUUACUUUUACUAUGUAAAAUAAACUCCU